AUUCAACGGCAGCAGGCACGCCAAAAUUUCUGCGGCUGAUUUGGCUCUCGAAGCUCUGAGAACGUGCCACCCAAAAACAAGAAACGGCCCCCGGAAGUCUCAAUUCCAACGCCCCGCCCUUUUCUGUAACACCCAUCUCCGGAUUCGACCUCUAAACCCCUUUUCACCGGGGAACUCGCCGGAUUCUUCAUCGGGACCAAAAUUGAGAAUCAAAAUAGAGUCCGUUGAUUUGGGUGUGAGCGGGUAUGGUGGAGCAUUGAGCGAUUAAGAUGAGUGGUUUUGAGGGGAAGAAGAAAUGGGGAAUUUGUAGAGUUAGGAAUCGCAUUCACCGGCGCCGCCAUGGACGUGGUACCUGGGUCGGUGGGCACCGGCGGCAGUUUCUCUUUAAGACUGGGCCAGACUGUGUUUUCUUCCGCUUCGCUUCUUUUCAUGUCUUUGGGUAUUGAGUUCUACAGCUACACUGCUUUCUGCUACCUUGUGACAGUAAUGGGUUUGGUCAUACCCUGGAGCUUCACCUUAGCAUUGGUUGAUGGCUAUUCAGUUCUCGUAAAAUGUCCUCUUCGACAGCCCGGAAUCCUCACGAUCAUCAUCGUCGGAGAUUGGGUGCUCUCACUUCUUACACUGGCUGCUGCUUGCUCGACGGCGAGUGUCGUCGACAUACUUCUUCAUUCAGACAGUUCGUAUUGCCCGUCGAAGCUGUGCAGGAGAUAUCAAAUAUCUGCUGCCAUGGCCUUCUUGUCAUGGUUUUUGUCUUUUGCUUCUUCUCUUUUCAAUCUUUGGUUACUUCCAUCCUUAUAGUGUUCAUAACUCCUAACCUCUAAUUUGCUGAAGCUAUGUAUCCAUAGGCUUGUACACUCAUUUUGUUCUGAAUUAGAAAUUUGUACACUUGUUUUGUUCUCAAGUUGGAUGAGAUUUU